GAGGAGGCACCGCGGUUUGUAAAGGGAGGAGCCACAGCGCCGCUUCGCCAUUUUGAGUGGCGCGGCGGUAGGCGGUGACGGCGCUGGGACAUGCUCCUGCGGCGGCUGUAGACUCCACCGAGAGCACGCACGGCGACACGUACAUGUUCUUAACAAUGUCUACGCAGCCGAAAAGGCAGCAACAGCAGCAGCAGCCGAGUGCUAGGUCGGCCGUGCUCACCCCGCACGAGAAUGAGAUCAUCUUCAACAUGCUGGGCCGCAAGUGUCUGAGCAUGGCGACGGCGGUGGUGCAGGUCUUCUUUUCGGAGAAUGGGGUGUGGCAGAAGAGGCACUGCGGUGUGGUCUGCUUUGUCAAGGACAACCCCAGGAGGUCCUAUUUCAUCCGUGUGUAUGAGAUGAGGGACACAGGGCAUCUGUGCUACGAGCAGGAACUCUACAAUAAGUUUGAGUACAAGCAACCACGCCCUUUCUUCCACACCUUUCUUGGCGAUAAAUGCCAGGUGGGGCUUAACUUUUGCAACGAGAAGGAGGCAAAGACCUUCCGUGAUGCCGUGGAGGAUAAGCUUCGACUCAGGCACCAGAAGAGUGAACGAAAACGUAAUGACCCAACGCCACCUAUUUCACGGCGUGACUCCACAGGCCCGAUGCUGCCUAACCUCAAGAUGCAGGCAAUGGACAUCAAGAACCCAGACAUCACCGUAAACCGCUACCCCAUCAACUCCUCCUCCACCCCCACCAGCACCAUUACAAACUCGCCAUUUAAUAUGAUCAUGGACAGGACCAAGAAGGGCAAGGGAAAGAAGAAAAAACUGACCAAGGCGGAUAUUGGCGCACCCAGCAACUUCCAGCAUGUUGGUCAUAUUGGAUGGGAUCCCAACACUGGGUUUGAUCUGAAUAACUUGGACCCAGAGCUGAAGAGUCUGUUUGACAUGGCGGGCAUCACGGAGUCUCAGCUCAAGGACAAGGAGACCUCCAAGACCAUCUACGACUUCAUUGAGAACUUCGGUGGUGUGGAGGCUGUCAAGAGUGAGAUGCGACGCCAGGCUCCCCCUCCACCCCCUCCCCCGAGCCGCGGCAACUACCCCCCUCAGACGCCGUCCUCGGCUCCCCCCCCUCCUCCGGCGCGUGGGCGGAGCGCUCCACCCCCUCCACCCCCCAGCCGAGGACCUGCCCACCCGGCGGGGCCCGCGCCACCCCAGCUGCCUUUCCGCGGGACCUCCGGACCCCACCCACCGCCAAUGCUCACCAUGCCCCCCAUGUCUGCCAUGGGACGGCAGCCACCGCCGCCCGUGCCGCCUCCUUCCAUCCCGGAGGGGCCACCCCCUCCCCCGCCGCUGGUUUCUCACGCGCCCCCCCCACCUCCUCCGCCGCCCCCGCAGCCCCACGGUUACAGCAACAGCUACGGCGGUGGCAGUGGCAGCGGUGGUGGCGGAAUCCCGCAAUGCAGCCCUCCGCCACCUCCGCCACCUCCGCCGCCACCCCCACCCCCCGGUCCGCCGCCUCCACCGAGCCCCAUGGUGCCGCCACCGCCACCGCUCUCUCUAGGACCUAGCCCCGGCCCUGGCCCCGUCUCCGGCUCACGAGGGGCCCUGCUGGACCAGAUCCGAGGGGGCGCACAGCUGCGCAAGGUGGACGAGGCGGCGGCGGCAGGAGGCGGGGCGGCAGCGAGGCCGGUAUCCACCUCGGGACGUGACGCGCUGCUUGACCAGAUCCGCCAGGGCAUCGCGCUCAAGACGGUGACGGAAACAGAUGCAGCUGCCUCAUCAACUCCAACAGUGGGGAUCGUAGGAGCUCUCAUGGAGGCCAUGCAAAAGAGGAGCAAAGCCAUCCAUUCCUCCGACGAGGAUGAUGAUGACGACGACGAUGAUGAUUUUGAUGAGGAGGACGAGUGGGAAGAUUGAGCUGGCGAGGCUGCUACCUUCCCAUGUCUCUCCGGACCCCUCUGCCUCUCCACGUUCCAGGAUAUUGUGCAAUAUUAUCCAUGCCCCUCUCACCUUCAAACCAACCUUCGUCUCUCACCGGCUUACCCUUUCUUUUCCCCCACGCCUCCACCUGAGUGACACCAGCAUGGGCAUCGUGAGUGUGUCCACCAUUGACGUGAGCACCACGGCCUGUAGACCUGCAUCAGAAACUUGCCCACUACAGACCCCCUAAUCCUAUAGAAAGAAAAAUAUAGAUCAACUUUUUUUAAAAGUUAAACGUUUUAGCGCAACUUGUGGUUUAGCCUUCAGCUCCGCACACUACAUGAGCAUUGUGUUCUCUUUUGAAGUGUUUAAAACUUUUUUUCGUUGGUGUUUUUUAUCAGAAGAUGCUUAUUCAGGUGAAUGCUGACCAUCAAUUGGGUAAAAAGAAAAUCCCACUCUUGCACAAAAACUAGGACAUUGUCACCUCGAUCUGCUGUGCGUCGGAGGAAUUUGCCGGGUGCUUCACGAAAAUCUUUCAUGCUCGUCGGUCACGGUAGUGAAAGACAAAGUAAUCUUAACCAACAAAUACCUGUUGUCGCAUUAUCCAGACAGAUAUUACUUACGUACGUGUCUGUUACAUGCCCUUUCAACGUGUUCUUUGCAUUUCUCUCCAUGUUGCUUUUGUUUGGCUCUCUGUUUUUACCAAAAGGUUGUACAGCACGGCAAUGCUUUCUCCAUCUCUUACCGCAGUGCUACUGUGUAAUUCACUCAGGGCAUCUCUAUUAACCAUGCAAUUCUUUGCACAAAUAUACACACGUGGACGGUAUAUUUGUUUGUGGCAGUUGUUCAUUCAUACCUUUCUACUACAGUAUUUAGACAAAAAUGUUCCGAGUCUUGAGGUGCCCAGAUAUUGUGGAGUCAGUGUGUGUUGGUCCCACUGCACGUUGCUCAUUAUUGCAGCUAACACUACACGCGCUCUAUUCAAUAUUUCUCACCACUGACGUUUUCAUGAAUAAUAACCUCAUAAAAAUCUACGAAGAAUCAAUCUAUGAUCGUUUAUAUCCCUCAAUCAUGAACAUAUAAUUAUUAUGACAGCGUGAGUGGUGAGAAAAGUUGAACAGGGCAAAUGCAGUGUUACCUGCAUUAUAGCCCUUUAACAAUCCACCAGGAAAUGAAGGCCUCAUAGGGGGUUGUUUGACCAUGCUUCAUACUGAAUGGUGCCGGUUGGUGAAGAGAGGAUGGCAGUUUAACAUUUGAUAAUAGCCACGGUUCUUAGCACUGGCUAGGUCGUUACUAACACAGCGCGUUCCUAACUCGGUGACCAAAGUUCAUUGGUUUGGCAAAGGGCUGAUGAAUUAGCCGAUUUAACAAUUGAUCGAUAUGUGCUGGUCAUCUACAAAACGGAAUAACUCAUUGUAAAAAGUCAUUUACACUGGUUUUAAAACUAAGCAGUUGGUAAAAUCGACAAACUGAUGUGUAAUAGUGGCAGCCUUACCCAACAUGAAAGUAUCCUUCUGCAUGCUGUACCCCUCACCACCUCCCCAGAAUGGACACUCACAAUGUUAACUAUGAAAUACAUUGGGGAAACAAAACUAUUUGGAUAAAAAAUAAAACUGAUUAACAUAUUGAAUGAAAAAUAUGCUUGAGUUAGGAAUAGCAUUGGUUCAUUUUUUUGUUUCAAUAGCAGCACUACCUAAUAGUUUUUCCAUUGUCGAGUCACGCGUGAUGUAGAACGUUGUUCAUAUGUAACAGUAACACAGAAAUGAUGACCUCGGAGCGGUCAGGAGAUUCGUGAUAAAAUUGUGUUAUAUUGUUGUAGCCAUUAACAGGUGAUGAGUAAUUGACAAACUUUUGAGAGUUUAUUUUUGACACUGGUCUGCAUGUAAUAUUUAAAAUUAAAUCAAACCCAUGCACAGAGAUGACAAAUACUUCUGUACCAGAAUAAAAGCACCUCCACAUUUGCAGUUUACAUAUUCACUUCGACUCCACUCACGCUUCUACCAAAGAUUAAUGCCACCUAGUUUUCAUUGGUUUACCCCUCGCCGCCAUUGACACUACAUUGUACCGUUAAUCAGAUGCAUUGUCUCUUGGAAAAGAAACAGAAAGCCUUGCGAUUAUAGCUCAGCAACUUUGCAUGAGUCUUGCAGAAGCAGACGUCAGUGGUUGUGAAUGCGAGUAACAAGUGCACAUUUUUAAGCAAGCGGUUCACUUUCACUGUUUUUGUGUCAAUAUUCACCUGGUUCUCAUAGGUUCAUCACUUUGUGUUUUGCAAGUGUUGCUUGUGACCCAGCACUGUUGGUAGUAUUCUGUUGGCCGUCUCGCUGGUUUCAUGACACUGUCGUUUCACGACUAAAUGUAAAGCCUAUACGCGAUGUAAAUACGCACAAGCAGAGACCCCCGUCUCGGGGUUCUAAAGACAGUCUGCCUGCUCUGGCGAGCGUUGAGCAGUGCUUGUCGCUCUGGGCAGCCCUCAACCACCGUCAACAUCCCUGUGAUGGGGAAGGGGGGUUAUUAUAUAGAACAACCUCUGACUACCUAGAAUGUGGUACUCAUUUAAUUAACCCUGGAGGUGUGGUCGUGUAGGUUUGAGUCUGAAGCUCACCCAAAUGUGAGCUUUACGCUCCAACCACAGGACUGUGUCGGCAUUGUGGUUGGAAUGAAGCGUAGUCAAAAUGCAGUAUGACGUCUAUAAUGUAUUUUCGGCUUUUAUGUUUCUGCACCACUGUCAGUACAGCCCCUAAAAAUCUUAUGCGAUGUUGACCUGAAAUGGGCCGAGCUGGGCCAGUCUGUGGAAAUGGUGGUAAAAUUCCCAAGUUGGUCAAUUUAAUUAGGACUGCACGUUUUGCAAUUAUGCAUUUUAUCUCCCAAUGUGGCGUUCAAUUUGAGCCUAACGAUUCGUAUGUAAAUAGAUUUUAAUUGCGCAAAAUGAGCACGUGCCACUUUUAACGCGCAACGCGCUGCAGUUGUCACAUCGGGCCCCGUGAGAUUAAAGUUGCGUUCUAAUUUACCGUCGCGUCGCCUAAGCCACAGUCGUUACGCUCCUCGCAUGACGAGCAAGGUAAUCGCUCAACCGGUUUCACUUUGAGUUGUGUUUAACUUUAGCUAUCGUCGCAUUGGAUGGAGUCUGCACCACCUUAGCUGCUGCCAACUCUUCUCAUUUGACAAAAACGUUCUCAUUUUGACAAGUACGACACUACAUCACUGCAAUGUAAUGGAAAAUGAAACCCAACUUUUUCCUCAAACUUAUUUUUAAUCGCUUAUGAAACUGCAUUCGGGCGUAAGAUUUGAUUGUCUGAACUCAUUGCUAUGCUCGCGUGUGUACAUUAGGGAUUGUAAUGUAAUUUAUAGUUUUCGUCUGAUUCCAGGAAAUCCAGCUUCACUUGUCAAAAAGGCCAAGUGGGCGCGUCAUAUAUACACAAUCAUUCGGAACUACAGAAACGCGUUCUAAAUUUUAAUCGAGAAAUUUGGCCGAGUUUUUAAACUACAGACAGUGCCCUUUAUACAGCCAGGUGUGAUAGCCCUUUGAGAUUGUCCUUGGCAAGGGGAGUGUGGCAAAUGUGUAAUCUCUAGCACAGGAAAUUGUAUAUACUUAUGUACAGCAGUGCUUUUAUUGCAAGGCUGCUUGGUAUGAGUGCUGUGAACUUAUGGAUGUGCAGCGUCUUUGUUAAACCUUUUGAGUCGCCACUAAGGUCACAUUCUCAGCCACCCCACCAACCACGUGACAUUCAGGGCUUAACGGUAAAUGGCCACCGCAAAUAUUCCUUAUGCGAUUGAUUAGACAUACCUUGACUGAUAGCAUGGUACAGAGGCAUGGGGACUUUGACAGACACUAAUCAUUUGCGAUCAGCCCUUGGCCACUUAUCCAUUAUUUAGAUCUGCCAUAGGGCACACACCUUGAAAAAAGCCCCCCCCCCCCACCCCGUGAUGUGGAUUGUCAUUUCUAUGUUUAAAUUUUCGAUUCAUGGUGAUAAGGAAACUUCCCUUUUUGGUAUGCAGGAAAAUUUUGAUUUAGAGCCCAUUGAGAGAAGUGGUCCGAUUCUUGUGAUAGCAAAACAUGUUUUGUCGUGAUGUUCUGCCAUAUAAACUGGCAAGUCGGAAUAAAGUGGCACCAUUCUGGCCACUACCAAAUAUUGGGGAAAACCCCGUUUCUGUUAAAAUAGACCAGGGGACUUUGAGAAAUAUAGGUCCAUGGGCACUGGGUGCAAAAUCAGAACAUACAUUUUAAGAUAAAAUCUUGAUUUGAAGUUUUCGUGACUGCAAGAAUCCAUCCUCUUUGGUUCUUUCGAUAAAGUCACGUAGGUAGAAAAAAAUUAGAUCACGACGUUUCGAUCGCCGCAUAAGCAACCGUCCUCAGGUGGGAGAGGAUUGCUUGUGUGGUGAUCGAAAUGUCGUGACUUUAUCGAAAACCAAAGAGUAUUUAAAGAUCAACUUAAGCUGCUUAUUUUGAUCACGAAUAUCUAAUUGAGCUUAAUUUUUGUGAAACCAAUGCAUGUGAAGUUUUUAAUAACGUGGUUUUUUAAUUAAUGUGUUUAAAAAAUAUGACCUUGGCCUAUAACGGCAAACAAUAUGUAUAAUGUAACAAGUGCUGGGAAUGUAACGUUUUUAAAUGCAUUCGUGCUGAGAGAAAUCAUUCAUAUGAAUGCUGGAGUCCUGGGUAUGAUAGUGUUUAACUUGCGCCAAUUUAGUUUCACGUUUUACCGACUAAUGGUGAGAUUUCCAAAGCGUAAUUGAAAACGUCGGCAUCGUGACUGCAAGCGUCCACACAAAUGUAGAGGGAAAAUACCGUGCGAUUUUAGUUGUACCACAAGAAUGAGAGCCAGGCGAGAGAAAUGUCAUAUAAUCUGUUUCGCCUAAAAUGUGAAGAGGUGUGCAUUGGCUUUUUGAAUCAAAAUGGUUUUGGGAGUUUUUUGUCUGUUGCAAUUUCUGCUGGUUAAUAGGUGUUUUGUUAUUUGUUAUUGCUCUGAUUUUGUAUUACUUACUGCAAUAAUCAAUUUUAGGUUUCUUAAUUUGUAAACGGUGUACACAAACUUAUGUAGAUGAAGGGUAAUGUCUAGUAAACUUUUGACUAGCCAUGAAUUUAAUAAUAUACAGGAAGAAAAUCUACUCCAAUAAACGUACAUCCCUAACGGUUGUUUCUAUAACAAGAACUGUUGAUGAAUGCGCUACAGUUUUCCCAAUAAGAUAUAUUUAAUUAAGGUAUAGAACAGAAUACUGUAUAUUAAAAUAUAUAUUAAAACAACUCAAAAAAGGAAUUGUGCAAAUCGUUUAACUAUUAACAAGGUGCGCUUUGUAAACUGAUUAAAUAUAAUGACGCAUUUAGGGAUUUCUCGGCAUCAUAUGCAAGUAUACUCUCCAUGUAUGUAAAAGAAUGUGUACUAUACUCCGUGUGAAUUCUCACAAUCUCAUAUAGGCGUGUGAACUUUGUGCUUUGUGUUGGUGGUUACGUUUGCACUAUGGUUGCGUCCACACAGAAGGCAUUGCAAAUUCUUAAACCAGGGAAUUAUAUUCUGGUCCCUGCAAUCGUCCCUGCCCCGCUCCCCCAAAUGUGCCUUAGCUUGUCACCAGUCUCACUGCACAGUGCAUAACAUCGCUAAUAAGUACAUAAUAUUAAGUACAUAAUAAACCUCAUUUCCUUACAUGACGCGUGUGUUCAGUUGCCUUUGCGCCGUCGUCGGCUUUCAUUUUAUAUCGUGCCAUUCAUGGUAAGUGCAUCCCACGACGGUGUACAUCAAUUAUAUAUAAGGGCCAAAUCCUAUUUAUAGCGACAACCAAGCAAAUGAACACCCUCAAUGAAAAAUAAAUUUCACCAAAAAAGGCACAAACAAAAAAGUUAUCAACAGAGAAAUGAAGCCCCAUCCCAAACCACAAUUUUAACUUGUCACACAUUGCCCAGGAAUGCUUCACUGCAGUGACAGCUGGUGGCUAAACGUGAAAUAAAAUGCUGAUUAGAAA